GAUUCAUUCAAAUCAAUCAGUUGUGCUCGGUUCGUUCCCAUCCGUUCAGUCAUUCUUUCACUUGAAAGCACGCCUGACAGGCGAUGCGUGUUUUACUGUGAUGGCUCUUUUUAACACUUUUGUAAAUUUAACAUUUUUAUGAUAUUUAUGUGAUUAGUAUCCUUCUUAGUGUAAUUUAAUUUUUAAUUUAUAUUUAAUGCGUUUACAAAAAAUGGCGAAUCAACACCAGAAAAUUGUUUACAAGCUGGUUCUUACUGGAGGACCCUGUGGCGGCAAAACCACCGGCCAGUCACGGCUGAGUACGUUCUUCGAGAAUUUGGGAUGGAAGGUGUUCCGGGUGCCGGAAACGGCUACCGUCCUCCUCAGUGGUGGAGUGAAGUUUGCAGAUCUCAGCCCUGAUGAGGCGACGAAGUUCCAAGAGAACCUUCUCAAAACCAUGAUCCAAAUCGAGAACACAUUCUUCGAGCUCGGCAGGACCAGCCAGAGGAACUGUCUCAUUAUAUGCGAUAGAGGUGCCAUGGACGCAAGUGCAUUUAUACCAAAAGAGAAAUGGGAAGCGAUAAUGGCUUCUAACGGGUGGAACAACGUGGAGCUGCGCGACAACAGAUAUAACCACAUUGUUCACAUGGUCUCUGCCGCCAACGGAGCUGAAGAUUUCUACUCGACUGAGGAUCAUCAAUGUCGGUCAGAGGGCGUGGAGCUCGCCCGCGACUUGGACUACAAAGCGGCCGCCGCGUGGGUCGGUCACCCGUACUUCGACGUGAUCGACAACUCCACAGACUUCGACAAGAAGAUGAACCGGCUGAUCGCGUGCGUGUGCCAGAAGAUCGGCAUCGACACCGGCGACCGGCUCAACGUCAACUCCAAGAAACGCAAGUUCCUCGUCAAGAUGCCGCUCGCGCCCGACUCGGAGUUCCCGCCCUUCCAAGACUUCGACGUUGUACACAACUACUUGCAUAGCGAUGUGCGUAAGGCGCAAGUCAGGUUGCGCAAGCGCGGCCAGAAGGGCCACUGGUCCUACAUCCACACGAUCAGGAAGUUCCAUCCCACUAAUACCCAGUCCGUGGAGGUCAGGACUCAGUUGACGCAUCGGGAUUACCUGAACCUCCUCCCGCAGAGGGACGAAGCUCACUUCACCAUUUUCAAGAAACGUCGCUGCUUCAUUUACAACAACCAGUACUAUCAGUUGGACAUCUAUAGGCAGCCCACGCAUCCCAGGUGCCGCGGUUUAGUCCUCCUCGAGACUUACAGCGCUGCGUAUGAUCAAAAUACGCUUUUGGCAUCAUUGCCCAAGUUCCUCAGGAUAGAGAAGGAGGUGACCGGCGACCACGCAUAUUCCAUGUACAAUCUGUCUUUAAAGGAAGACUGGAAGACGUCAAAAAAGUACUAUGCGGGCACUGAUUGCAACGGGCAUAAAAUAAAUGGUCACAGUGAUGACAAAACCAACGGGCACGCUGACAAAUACGGACAUGCCAAGAUGAACGGACACGGCGUUGAUAGAAUGAACGGUCAUGGCGGUGACAAAAUGAACGGUCAUGGCGGUGACAAAAUGAACGGUCAUGGCGGUGACAAAAUGAACGGUCAUGGCGGUGACAAAAUGAACGGUCAUGGCGGUGACAAAAUGAACGGCCACGGAGGUGACAAAAUGAACGGUCAUCACGGUGGUGAUAAAAUGUACGGGUUCAGCGGAGGCAAAAUGAAUGGCCAUGAUGGCGACAAGAUCAACGGUUACGACAAGCCGGAGAGCAGGAAGUUCAACGGUCACCAGAACAUGAGCGGGCGCGGGCCCAAGGACCAGCACCCCGUCGCCGUCGCGCCCCGGCAUGGCGUGCACGCCUCGGAGCUCGACAACUACAACGCGAGCCAUAGGAUCGAUCUCGGUUCACCAAAGAUUCAAAAGGUCGCCGUUAAGAUAUAAAACACUCUAAAUGUAUUAAUUUAUGUAAUUAGAUGAUAACUUUUAUAAAAAUUCCACUUUGUAACAUUUCAAUAUACACCAAAUCGAUUGUAAUGUAUUUUUAAGACUACUUAUCUGUGAAACGGAACCUAUCGUGUUAUUCAUUGCCGAUAUAUAAAAGGAUGUCAUGUAAACGCUAUUGCAUAAUGUAUUUAUUCACACAGUUCGUAUGGAUUGCCAAAUGAAAUAUAUUUUUGUAGUAUUCCUUGAUUACAACGUAUUUUAAAUAUAUAUAAAGUAUCCACAGACAUAUUUGCGUAACGAACUGAAUUUCAUAUAUAACUGUUUGUAUUGUUUGUGCCUUCACACUGUAACUGAGCCAACACUGAAAAUAUUUAUCCAUACUUCAAUAGCCGUAAGUAAUCAUCGCAAUUGUCAUACACUAAGUUGAAUGACACGAAUAUUUAAUAGCUGUGGUGUGAAAUUGUAUCUGUUUAGGGGUAAUUUUCUUCAGAUUUGGCUUCAGUAUUAUAUUUAAAGAGUUGCAUAACUUACUUCAUAUAAAUCUCGUUUAGUACUUAAUGAAAUGCAAUAAUGUAUUUGUUAAUAUUGUUACAGUAUCUUGUUUGUGUUUAGGUUGGAUAUACCUAACAUAGCAUUUUACUAUAGACUUAUUUCUUUCAUUUAGAAAAUAUCGACUACUUAAUUAGAAAUGAAAUAAUAUACUUAAUUAAGUACCUAUUUGAUUUGUAGAUCGUAUAAUGAAAUUUUUAGAUGUUUCGAUGUUGUCAUUCAAGUUAAUUUUAGGGGUCCAAAUGUUUAAUAAUGUUCCUUACGUACAAAAAUGAUACACCUGCCGAUGGUCCCCUAAUUUUACAUUUAGUGGCCUUUUAGUGUUGAAUUUGAUGUACUAAAGAGAUAUUUUUGAUUGAUAAAUAUUUGACUCGUUUGAAGGUAGGUGUCGAUGUUCAUUUUUUUUCGCUAAUGUAAUUAGUACUUAUCACAUGAAGAUAUAAAAAUGUAAUUUACAAAAGUAUUUAAGCCACCGUUAGUGUAUUACAUUAUUUAGGAGGCAUGCGUCUGCGACGUGCUGCUAGCUUGAACUGUCAGCAUUUGGCACCACCAGCGCCUAACUACAUAGCGUCGUUAAUGGCUGUGCUAUUAUGAGCAAUAUAGAGCUUAAAACUCUGUGCUUAGCGCGAAGGUUGGCUGUGAAUUAUACGCCAACAUUACUUCUGAACCGGUUGCACCCAACACUCGGAUAAAAUUGUUUUAUUGUCAAUGCAUGGAUUAACUUAAAUUGGAAUUGCUGAUGUUGUGAAAACGCUAAACGUGAUAAAUGUCAGGAGAGGUGCAACUGUUUUGUAUUUGGACGUAAUAAUCUCGAUAUGUCUGUCAACUUCUGCAUUGUUUCUAAAUAAAGAAAAGUGCAUAGAU